AUGGCGAACAUUGCCAAAGAUGGGGCAGCUAUCCAAGCGUCACCAGAAGCAAGGAAUGUCGACGAUGCAUGGUCGUACCUCAAUCGUCAUCAAGAUGAAGAUUCGGACGGAUAUGCUGUAGACAUAAACGCGUUGCGUCGAAAGGUGGAUUGGCGCAUUGUGCCGCUAAUGUUUGGCUGCUACACCAUGCAGUUUCUCGACAAAGUCAUUCUCAACUACGCAGCCGUCAUGGGCAUUCAGAAAGACCUUCGCCUUGUCGGCAACGACUUCUCGAAUAUCGCAACCUUCCUCUUUGUUGGAUUACUCUGCUUCGAAGUUCCCAACAUUUACUUCCUCCAGAUGAUCCCUGCAGCGAAAUGGCUUGGUCUAAAUGUCAUUCUUUGGGGCGUCGCAACAGCCAGCGGUGCCGCAGCGACCUCCUACCGCACUCUUCUAGUCUCUCGAGUCUUUCUGGGAAUUUUUGAGGCCACCAUCGGACCAUCCUUACUACUCAUUAGUUCACAGUGGUACUCCAAAUCAGAACAAGCGCCGCGUUUCUCAUUUUGGUAUUGCGGCCUUGGAUUCGGACAAAUUAUUGGUGGUGCCAUCUCCCAUGGUUUUCAGCACGUAGCACCUGGAAGUGGACUCGCUGGAUGGCGAGUUAUGUUCAUCACUCUCGGAUGUGUGACUGUAGUAAUCGGGCUGGCGACGCUCCUGCUUGUCCCAGAUACACCUAUGCAGGCACGAUGGCUUACUGAUAGGGAGAAGGUCGCGCUGCUGAAGCAUGUUAGCGUGAACAGGACUGGCAUUCAGAGUAGGACGUUCCAGCCCAGACAGAUCCUGGAAGCGUUGGCUGAUCCACAAUUGUAUCUAAUGGUUCUCGCUGUCAUACUGCUCUCCGUAUCCAGCGGUGUCGUAACCACCUACUCCGCGACUCUGAUUCGCAACCUAGGCUAUACGCCCAAACGUGCAGCUCUCAUGAACAUGCCCUCCGGUGUAAUCAGCAUCUUCUUCACCCUCCUCGUCGGCUUCGGCAUCCGCAAGCAGUCCAACCGCUGGCUAUGGAUCAUCUGCUGCAUCAUCCCCGCCAUCCUCGGUGGCGCGCUGAUGUCCUUCCUUCCCUUAUCCAACCGUCGCGGCUGUCUCGCAGGAAUUUACCUCGUCAACGCCGUCGUCGCACCGCUGCCUGUGCUCUACGCCUGGACCGCAGCCAACGUGUCUGGAGCCACAAAGCGCGCCUUCGCCGCUGCGGUUGUGUCAGGCUCGUUCAGUAUUGGUAAUAUCAUCGGUCCUCAAACGUUCCAGGCUAGAGAUGCGCCGACCUAUCGACCUGCAAAGCUGGCGGUUAUGGGCACGCAGGCUGGUUGUGCGGUGGUCACGGCAGUGCUGUAUGGGUACUAUCGGUGGCAGAACAAGAGGAGGGAUAACAAGAGAGGGGAGGUGCAGACCGGCGAGGAAGCUUUCAUGAGUAAAGAGGCGUGGAACACAGGAACAGAUAGAGAGGAUAGCGAGUUCAGGUACUCGUACUAG